UAUUUGACAUGACAUUAAAUUUAUUUGGGGUGAAGAAACAAAAAAUAGAGAUGCAAGAAGAAAACCCGUAAUUGAUUGAGUGAGACCACGAUCCUGUCCCUUUCUUCAUAGAAUAAUAUAAUAUCCAUGUGGGUUUGACUCAUCAUCUUCAACCCAACAACGCGGCCAACCUCUGGUCAAACCACUCAUGGAGUUCUGCUUCUUCAUCAUACUCUCUCUCUGUUUCUGCGUCCUAAUAAGACGCUUCUUCUUCUCCCGUCGCAUCAAACCCACCAUCCCUCCUGGCCCUUCACACAUACCAAUCAUCUCAACCAUCCUAUGGCUCACAAAAUCCUUUCAAAUCGAACCAAUUCUCCGAACCCUCCACGCCAAAUACGGUCCCAUUCUCACCCUCCACAUUGCUGCUACUCCCGUCGUCUUCGUACGCGACCGCUUUCUCGCCCACCAAGCCCUCGUCCAAAAUGGUUCUCUUUUCUCCGAUCGCCCCAAGGCUCUCGCCGUCGCCCAAAUCCUAUCCACCCACCAACACAACAUUAGCUCCGCCUCCUAUGGCUCCACCUGGCGCACCCUCCGCCGCAACCUCACCUCCCAGAUGCUCCACCACUCCCGCGUCAAGUCCUUCUCCGAGAUCCGCACCUGGGUCCUCCACACCCUCCUCACGCACCUCAAAUCCCAAUCCCAAUCCAACAAUUCUGUCAGAGUCAUCGACCACUUCCAAUACUCCAUGUUCUGCUUGCUCGUCUUCAUGUGCUUCGGGCAACGACUCGACGAUGGCAAAGUCAGAGACAUCGAGCGCGUGCAGCGCCAGAUGCUUCUGCGCUUUAGAAGCUUCAACGUCCUCAAUUUCUGGCCCAGAGUCACGCGCGUUUUGUUCCGCAAACACUGGGAAGACUUGCUGAGGCUUCGGAAGGAGCAAGAGGAUGUUCUGGUUCCGCUUAUAAGAACCAGGAAGCAAAAGCAAAAGCAAGGCAAGGAGGAAGGUGUUGUUUCGUAUGUUGAUACUUUGUUGGAUUUGCAGUUGCCUGAGGAGAAACGCAAGCUCAACGAAGAGGAACUUGUGACGCUGUGUAAUGAGUUUUUAAACGCGGGCACGGAUACGACUUCCACUGCGUUGCAGUGGAUCAUGGCAAAUUUGGUGAAGUACCCGCAUGUGCAGGAGAGGGUGGUGGAUGAGAUAAGGGAGGUAUUGGGUGAGAGAGAAGAGAGGGAAGUGAAAGAGGAGGAGUUGCAGAAACUGCCUUAUCUGAAAGCUGUGGUUUUGGAGGGUUUGAGGCGUCACCCACCGGGGCACUUUGUGCUGCCGCAUUCAGCGACUGAGGACGUGGUUUUGAAUGAUUACUUGGUACCUAAGAAUACGACAGUGAACUUCAUGGUGGCAGAGAUGGGGUGGGAUCCAAAGGUAUGGGAGGAUCCAAUGGAGUUUAAGCCAGAGAGGUUUAUGAAUGAUGAGGGGUUUGAUAUUACUGGGAGCAAAGAGAUCAAGAUGAUGCCAUUUGGUGCAGGGAGGAGGAUUUGCCCUGGCUAUAAUCUGGCAUUGCUUCAUUUGGAAUACUUUGUGGCCAAUUUGGUUUCGAAUUUUGAGUGGAAGGUACCAGAGGGUGGGGAUGUAGAUUUGUCAGAGAAACAAGAGUUUACUGUGGUAAUGAAAAAUGCAUUGCAAGUUCAUCUUUCUCCAAGAAUCUAGACUCUGCAAUGUUCACAUCUCACUAUAUUGUAUAAAUAAGUUGGAAAAUAAUUUGAUGAUGUAUAAUUGAUAAGAUUUGUGGUUUUAAUG